UUCAAGUCUUGAUAUAUAAACAAGAUGUUAUAUGUCAAACAAAUUAUCAACUUGAUAGAAAAGUUAAAUUUAAAGUAACUUGGCAAGAUAAAACUAGAAAAAAAUAUAAAGUAACUAGUACAAAAUCCUCUAGUAAUGCUACAAAACAAUUCAUAUAG